AAAUGUAGAGCCCCACGCCCAAUUCUCCUCCUUUAACACCUUAUCCGAUCUCCCUCCCAUGGCGAUACCGAGCUCUCCAGGCUGGUCACCAGCCUCCAUCAACAGCGCCAAAGCAACCCACAAGCUGCUGCUCAUCACCUUCAACUCACCAUCCAAAUUCUUCUCUCUCCUCUCUCUUCACUGCGGAAGCUUGAGAGUUUCCACAGCCAGCUCCAACCCUGUUGGCUCCCCCGUUCUGGAAGACCCGUCAAACAAACCAAUCGUACUGCCUGAACCAGACCCAAAGAUUCAAGAUUUCCAGGAGCUUGAUUCCGAGGGCUUAAAUGGUAUGCUUUGCACUUUAUUUGAACACCCACAAACAGAGGAGCUGGCGUAUAACUACUACGGAAAAGCCAAGGGAAAGCCGGAUUUUCGACCCGAGAAAUCGACUCUGAAGCAUCUGAGCAGGUACUUGGGAAGAACAAAGAACUGGGAUUCUAUAUUGUCGAUGUCUGAAGAUUUGAUAAGAUUCCAAGUAUUGCCUGACAGUUUGACAUGCUGUAGAUUGGUUAGUAAGUGCAUUAGGUUUAGAAAAUUCAGACUGGUAAGUAGACUGUUGGAAAUUUUCAAGAAUGACCAAGAAAUCGCGGUCGCGGCCUUCGAAUUGGCCAUGAAAGGCUAUAACAAGCUCCACAUGUACUCCAGCACGAUUUCUGCGUACGGUCUUUUGAAAUCUGCAGGAGUUGGCCUGGACCCCGGAUGCUAUUGCCAGGCGAUGGAAGCGUAUAUGAAAACGGGCGACAGCGAGAGAGUUCUUGCCUUGUUUAAAGAAUUUGAAACUGGAAGUGUAAUUGAUGAGUCCACACCAUUUUUGGGGCAAAUUUACCGGACUCUAUGCGAAUCGUUGGGGAAAUCGGGGCGUGCUUUUGAAGCCCUCGAGUACUUCAGGGACUUGACAGGGAAGGGCAUUGCGCCAGACCACAAGAUUUACUCUUCGCUGAUUUGUUCGUUUGCGAGGAUUCGAGAGGUUGAGGAGGCAGAAGAGCUGUUUUGCGAAGCGGAAAGCAUGAAAAUGUUGAGAGAUCCCGCGGUGUUUCUGAAACUCGUUUUGAUGUAUGUCGAAGAAGGGGUUGUAGAGAAAACUGUGGAAAUGGUUUCUGCUAUGAAGCGCGUGAAAAUCAGAGUCUCCGAUUGCAUUUUUUGCGCGGUAGUUAAUGGUUUUUCGAAGAAGAGAGGGCUUAGAGCUGCUGCAAAAGUUUAUGAAGACUUGGUAUCGCAGGGUUGUGAACCAGGCCAAGUGACCUACGCUUCAAUUAUAUGUGUCUACUAUCGCCUCGGCCUCUAUCUAAAAGCCGAAAAAGUAUUUUCCGAGAUGGAAAACAAGGGAUUCGACAAAUGUGUUGUGGCAUACUCUAACAUGAUCGCAAUGUACGGUAAAGCAGGGAAGCCAAGUGAAGCAAUGAGACUGGUAGCGAAGAUGAAGGAAAGAGGGUGCGAGCCUAACGUGUGGAUUUACAACACCCUCCUGGACAUGCACGCGAAGCUGUCGAACAUGAGGCAAGUGGAGAAGACUUGGAAGGAGAUGAAGAGAAGGAAAAUUUUGCCGGAUAGGAUCAGUUACACGACUGUCAUUACCGCUUACAGCAAGGCAAAAGAUUUUGAAGCGUGCAUGAAGUACUACGAAGAGUUCAGGUUCAAUGGAGGGGUGAUUGACAGGGCAUUGGCGGGGAUCAUGGUAAGCAUAUUCUCUAAGAUGAGCCGGAUCGAUAAGUUGGUGAUGCUUUUGCAGGAUAUGAAGACGGAAGGGACUCGGUUGGAUGGGCGCCUUUAUCGGUCGGCUCUGAAUUCCUUGAGGGAUGCUGGGCUCCAGGUUCAAGCAAAAUGGUUACAGCAGAGCUUUGGAAUGACUUAGCUACACCUCUUGUCUUAUGAACAAUGACUUGGCUAUUGCAAAAGGUGCCGAUAGAAAGUUAUAUCAGAGAGUUUGUAUGAUUCUUACAAGGGCAUGGAAGAUUGAGUGCUUUGGAUAGAAAACAUGGCCCAAACAUUCCUCAUGCCUGAUUUUGCUGGGCAUUUGUUUGUAAUCACAGGUCUUGUAAAUGUUCAUUUAUUGCAGGGUAAUAUACUAUUAUACUGCAUUACACUGUUAUAGAUCAACAGAAGCUUGGGCCUUGGGUUGGUGUUGUA